CGCGGCUCGCCACCGAGCCCAAGCCGCAGACGCCCGCCCUGCCCUGCCCUGCCGUGCCGCUGUUCCCGCGCCGUGCCUGGAGCUCCCCGACGGACGGCGCCAGCCAUGGCAGAAAACAAGUUGAAGCAAUGUCAGGAGGCAGCAGAGGAAGUGACUGAGAUCAUGCUAGACAACUACAAUAAGGCGCUCGAACGUGAUGGCAAGCUUAGUGACCUGGAUGAAAGGGCAGACGAACUUCGUAACCAGAGCUCUGCCUUCUGCAAGACUUCAAAAACCGUGGCUGAGAAGAAGCGCUGGGAGAACAUGAAAUGGAAGAUCAUCCUGGGGGCGGUCAUUGCUGGGACGCUCAUCCUCAUCCUUGCUAUCGUUCUUUCCCUCACCCUGCCUGGAUCUGGGAACCAGGAUAGCCCAGCCCAGCCCAGUGCUGGUGGGAACUGAGUGGCUGAUUAAGACAAGCACAGAAUCUUCUCCACAGACGCUGCUGCCUGCUCUACCCUCAGCCAAGUGCAUUAUGGGUGCUAUUUUGGGCUUGGGCCAGAUUUGGCAGUCGCUUAGAGCAGUAUGUAAGGAUGCAAAAGCUGCAACCAGAAUUCUCCAGUAUCCAGCAACUAUGCUCAGAUCAUGUGCCUUCAGUCAGAGUAUCUGCGCUCGGUCCUAAAGGGCAAGGCAAUUUGCAGUCCCAAUCCGCUGUGAGAGCUGUGCCACAUGGUAAUCAGCACUUAAGAACUGUCCUUGCCUCUCUGGAUCCAAACUUCUGGAACAGAAGUAGCUACAGGGAGGUCGGCAACCGCAGGCGUGUUGGGGGCAGGCAGGACUCCUGUCAUCUGCAACCUGCUCAUUCCACUCCUGAAAUUUGCCACAGAAUAGAGGGUCUGGAUGUUUUGCUUAUCGUGGGGGGAAAAGUGGUGAUUGUUCUAGACAGUUGAGGCUGGGUGCCGUGAAGGGUGGCAGAGUAGGAGAAGAGACAGGUUUGAGCCAGGGGGCACAGUCGUGCACUAGUGCAGGCCCUACUUAUUUCAGUGGGGCUUGUACAAGAGAACUCUCCAAGAAUUUUCUCUCCUGUUAAUUUGGAUUUUCUGCCUCAGACACCAGCAUGCCUGGAUGUCAACUUUACUUUUUAUAUUUUGCAAAGGAUAUUUCCCCUCUACUGGGAAUGUGGCUGUUGCUCCUCAACCAUUUUAGUAAGCAGCAAGCUGUGUUUUUGAAGAUCUGGGGGAAUUUUAAGGAUGGGUGCAGCUUGAAGCUGGAGGGCCCACCUUCAGGCAGUUUCUCUUGUAUUAGAUGCAGCUUGCAAUUUGUGCACUAGUUCUGAGGGUUUUUGAAUGUGAAAAUUAGUGCUUCUCACAGAGGUACCAUCUUUAUUGCUAUGUCCCUUUAGCACUAGGAAAGCUAAUUUAGACUGCAAUGGUAUACUCACUUACCUGGGAGUAAGCCCCAUUGGAAGUUACUUUUGAGUAGAUAUGUAUAGGAUUGUGCUAUCAGAGAAACAGUUGUAUUUUAUUCCAUUUUAGGUGUUGUUUUGCCGGGGUGUGUGUGCUGUGUUUUAAAAGAACAUGUCUAGAUAUUUAGACACUUUCAUUAAUAGACUAUUACUUUUCAUCUUA